UUUAAAUUUCAUCACUUCAUUUUUAUAUAUACAUUAUUAUUAUUUUUUUAAUUUUUAAGUUUCAUUAAGAAAAUCUUUGACGAUACUCAUAAACUUGAAAUAAGAAAGGGAAUUAGUGAUUAGAAUCAGUUUUUGGGAUAAACAUUUGAUAUUUUUUUGUCAGCAGUUUGUGUGAUUUUUUUUAUUUAAUUCUGUGUAUGCAUAAGAACGAAAAAUUCUAGAUAAUUUACUUGUCGGUGUGAAUUAUUCGAGAAUUUUAAAUGAAAUAUGAAUUCAAAUGUGGGGCGAAAUGCAAAUGACACAAGUAAAAAUCGCUGUACGAAUCAAACGACUAUCAAUAGUCACAGCACAUCUAAUAGUGUCACAACGGUGACAAAAGAGUUUCAAACACCAAAUUCAAUACGAAAAGCUCGCAAUGGAACAUUUCAUUCGUUUCCAAUUGUAAAUACACCGACCCCACCAUCAAGAUUUCGAAAAAUUGUCAAUCCAUUCGAAGCCGACAUUACGGAGCGAUUGCAUUUGCCAUUAAUCGAUAGCCCAUCACUGUUUCAUCGGCCGACAACACCCCAAAUGUGUUCAACACAACUUGAAUUCGAAUGGACCAUUGACGAAGUGUCAACACUAAAUCCGGCAAACGUUGAAGCACAUGAAACUCAGUUCAUGUCGGUUGUUGACCCCGAAUUGGAAGCCAAAGCACAAGCUGCUAUUAGUUCAUAUUUCAAAGAACAGAUCAUAGUUCCUAGUCCAGUUGAAUGUCCACUGCGUGAUCAAAAAAUCAUAAUAAGUAGAGAUAAUCAGCAACAGUCACGUGUGAUGCGUGACAAUUGUUGCCAGACUGAAUUAACAUUACCACCGAUAUUGCCAAAAAAUGUUGAAGAAGCACUUCGACCAUAUUUCACAUUCACACAAAAUCAACAAACACUGCCAAUCGUCCACUGUGAUAGUUCAUGUAAUACAACGAUGCAAUAUGCAACAAAUAUUGAUCACGAUGCACGCGACGCAUCAUUGCGUCGAAAACUAUUUCAAACCGCUACGAAUACCAGUAAUCAUAGCAACGAACCCGAAUUUGAACGAGAUGUACAUUUAGAUAGUCCAGCACCGCAAACACCUGAAAUGCAUCUCAGUAAUAUGCGUGCGCGUCGUCGGUUUUUGACGCCAUAUAAUAAUGUACAAGAUGAAAAUGAGCCGCCGCUAGAUGUGUCACUGAAUUCUAUGGGACGCGAAUCAUUUGGUUGUAUUUCGCCCAUAUCUAAGUCUACCACACCGCAAUCUCGACCAAAAAGUUUACCAUCAUCCCGAAAAAAAUGUGAAGCAUCCACAUUGUCGUUGUUUCGUAGCACACCCGAUCGCUCAUCAAUUGGAAGAUGGAAGUCUUUUGAUAUGUCAACCGAUAGCGCGGUUAACAAUGGCAAUUCAAGCAAACGUAAGUCAUUUUUUUUAAAUGAUGAACGAUCGUCCGAGUCGAAUGAAACAGCAAACUUUUCUUAUGAUGAAAUGCAAUUAUCGUAUGGAUCGCAGCAGCAUCCAAUCACACCGACUGUGAAUAGAAGUAAACGCCGAUGUAACUCUGUAAAUCGCAAGAAUUUAUCGCGUUCAUUCAAUCAAAUUGAAGAAAAUCAACAUUCAGCCAUAUCCCUAGAUCGAACUGACAGUGGAUUUAAUGAAAAUAUGAACGAUUGCACUGCAACACAGUCACACAGCCAAUUGAAAAUAGAAACAAAUUUUAACUUUCAUGAACUCGUUAUGAAGUGCAACAAACUCACUAAUGAUAAAAAUGAGGAUAUUUCCAUGGCCAGCAUUUAAAAUUUUAGUGGAUUGUAAAAUAUCAAAGUAAAAUGUUUUAGCAGACAAAAUGAUAUUGUAUUUCUUGUAUUUUACUGUAUAAUUAAUCGCAAUUGUGUCAUAUGUUGUUAUAUUUUGAAAUGAAUUGUAUUUGUAUCAACAAAUAAAUAUAAAAUUGAAAAGAAUAUAGUAAAAUA